UAUAAAAGAAGAUUCUCAAAGGCAGUCACCCUGCUUCGUUGUCAACAAAGCUAAACUGUAAACAACAGCCAGAACUGCACCUUUCUUGAACAAACACACACACAUUAGUCAUUAAACGUUUGAGUAUUAAAAGAGUUGAAUCAUGUUGGCUCCAAUCCGUAAUCAAUUGCUGAAGAUGGCGCCUCGAAGUUCGCUCGCAUCCGCCCAAUUAUCCUCCGUAACUGGGCCCAAAGAAGAACGAACGGUGGCCGUGGUUCUCUCUGGAUGCGGCGUAUACGACGGUACAGAGGUGCAUGAAGCCGCUGCUUGCUUAGCCGCAUUAACUCGACACGGUUUCAAUCCGCUUAUAUGCGCUCCGAACUUCAACCAAGGCCACGUGGUGGACCAUCAAACGGGCAAUGAAAUGAAAGAACUCCGAAAUGUUCUACAGGAAUCGGCCAGAAUAGCCCGAGGAGCGGUCAGUCCAUUGGCAGAUCUUAAAGGCAAUGCCAAGAUUGAGGCUCUGGUGUUUCCCGGUGGUUUUGGAGCGGCCAAGAAUUUGUCAGAUUUUGGCUUCAAGGGUGCUGAUAUGUCGGUUCAUGAGGAUGUGAAGCGAACCUUGCUCGAGUUUCACGGAGCGGGAAAACCUAUCGCCCUUUGCUGUAUUGCUCCAAUUUUGGCGGCCAAAGUCUUCGGUGACCAGGGAAUCAAAUUGACCUUAGGAAAGCAGGGGGAUGAAUCCAAAUGGCCUUUCGGUGGCGCAGUGGAAGUGGCCAAAGGUUUUGGUGCUAACGUGGAAGAGCUUGAUGUCAGCCAAGUAUGUUUGGAUGAGAAGAAUAAGAUCAUCACUUCACCGGCAUUCAUGUACAAUGGAGCGUUCCAUGAGAUCCAGGAUGGCGUAAACAAGAUGAUUGCUGUGCUUGCUAAAUUAUUGGCCUGAUCAAUUUAUUUUAUUUUUUUAUCUUUUUAAGUGUCCAGAUGUGCCAAUCAAUUCGUUUAAAUCAGACUUGCGUAUCUGUAUUGAAAUGUAGCUUGAGUAUUCGGUGUCACUACGGCACUCCCUGCUAUCACA